UUGUAUUUUCGAUCUCUCCAUGUUUUCAUAUAUUUUCUGCUUUGGAUCCAAACGUUUUUACAAUUUUGUGUGGAAUUGAUUCUGCGAUUAUCAACCUGACAAGUGGAUAUUUGUGGUUUGUCUACUGACGGUAUCGGAAAUGGCACAACUCAACCAGCUCUACGAUUAUGUUGCAAAUGCUCUGGAAGUGGUGGAAAUGAAACUGAUUCGUGACCGUAACGACAUUGAAGACGAUUCCAUUAAUUUUUCACCCGAAUUCGCCCAUCAAGUCUUCGGUGAAAAUGAGAGCAUUUUCGGGUACAGAGAUCUGAAAGUGAGACUCUACUACACUGCUGGCGCAUUGAAUAUGUACCUGGGCUGCAAAUACAGCAGCCGUGUUGACGAACGUGACGGUUUGAAAGCGGACGAUGUAACCAGCAAAAUUUCUCAAUUGCUGACGAGCGGUUGUUAUUUCACCUCCAUCGACGAGUUCUGUUCGAAACUGGGCAAGGACGAAUCGUUUGUUCCUUUCGGUGAAAUGGUCGAUGCUCUAACUGUAACUGAGGGCGGAAAGGAAAGACACUUUGAGUUUUACUCUUGUGAUGCCAAUACGCCGGGUUUCGUUGCGUUUCACACUCGGAUGCAGACUUUUGUUAUGUGGUUCGUGGAUGCAGCGUCGUACAUUGACUUGGAUGACCCGCAAUGGAUGUUUUAUGUUUGCUACGAGAAGUACACCAACAGCGAAGGCAAAACUUUGUAUGCCACAGUCGGUUACACGACAAUUUACGUAUAUUACGCUUAUCCGGAACACAUACGACCCAGAAUCAGUCAGAUGUUGGUGUUGCCGCCAUUUCAGAAAUUGGGAAUCGGUUCGAAAUUUAUCCAAGUUAUCUACAAUCGAUUCAAAUUUGAUGACAAGGUCAUUGACAUCACCGUUGAGGACCCGUCCGAUGAAUUCCGACGCAUUCGUAAUGUGAUCGAUGUCAGAAACUGCCAAGAAUUGGCCAGUUUCUCUCCGGAUAAAAUCAAAAACGGAUUCACCAGUGAGAUGGUCAAAGAGGCCACUAAAAGCUUUAAAAUAAAUCCCAGGCAGUGCCGCAUUAUUUAUGAAAUUCUGCGACUGCGUUGCACCAAUGUGAAUGAUGAGAAGGAGUACAAAGCUUAUCGAUUGGAGGUGAAGAAGCGAUUGAACGUAAACCAUCACAAGCAAGUGAACGAUUUUCAGAAACUGGAGAAAGCUGGACAAGAUAUCAGCAUCCUUUCGGCCGGCAUCCCAACACCGGAAGAACGAAUCGAACAAUUGAAGCUGGAAUAUAAGGAACUCGAAGAAGAAUACCAACGCAUCAUCGACAAAAUUAAUUGACUUUCUGGGAUCGUGACGUCGUUUUCAGUGUUAAACUUUAAUCUCUUCACGUGAACUGUAGUCGUACUCAUUCGUUGGUCAGCAUUAAACUUGUUUUUAUAA